CAGGCAGUCGCCCAAGAAAAAAAGAACUCCACGUUUUGACCCUUUGGCCUUCGUGCCUGCCACCGUCGAACAGAAAACCCUACCUCGCCGCCCCACCGUCGAAUCAGACAAGAGCCCGUUCGCCGCCGGCUGGAAACAGCGCCGAAUGGCGUCGGGAUGCGCGGCGAGGGUUCCACAUCCACCGUGCGCGGCUCCGCAGUCCCAGUGGGAGAGCUCGUGGGUCUCGGUACGCCCCCCGGCGAGGUCCAGCGCGUCAAGACGACGUGCCGCCGUGUGUGCUGUUAGCUUCAGGCCAUGUAUCGACAUUCACAAGGGGAAAGUUAAACAGAUUGUUGGCUCCACUCUCCGGGAUGCAUCAGAUGAUGGCUCGGCACUAGUGACAAACUUUGAAUCAGACAAGUCUCCAGCAGAAUUUGCAAAUAUUUAUAAAGAAGAUGGACUUGUUGGUGGGCAUGUAAUAAUGCUUGGCGCAGACCCUGCAAGUAGUUCUGCUGCCCUGGAAGCACUACAUGCAUAUCCUGGUGGUUUGCAAGUUGGAGGUGGAAUAAAUUUGGAGAAUGCAAUGUCUUACCUUAAUGAAGGGGCAAGUCAUGUGAUUGUAACUUCUUAUGUGUUUAGUGAUGGCAAAAUGAACAUUGAAAGGCUGACCCAACUUGUCGAGCUUGUUGGGAAACAAAGGCUUGUUUUGGACCUUAGUUGUCGAAAAAAGGAUGGCAGAUAUGCCAUUGUGACUGACAGAUGGCAAAAGUUCAGCGAUGUCUUUGUGGAUGGGCCAACAUUAGAACAUCUUGCUGCCUAUGCAGAUGAGUUUUUGGUUCAUGGAGUUGACGUGGAGGGCAAAAGGUUAGGAAUUGACGAGGAACUUGUGGCACUAUUGGGACUUCAUUCACCUAUCCCCACAACUUACGCUGGGGGGGUGUCGACAAUGGAAGACCUGGAGAGGAUAAAGAAAGCAGGAAAAGGUCGAGUUGAUGUUACUGUUGGUAGUGCUCUAGAUAUAUUCGGAGGAGAUUUGCCUUACAAGCAUGUUGUGCUUUGGCACGAGGAGCAAAACAUGGUUAGCCAACGGUGAAGAAAUUGUAUGUUUUUUAGAGCAUGAUUGUAGUUGAGCUCAGAUGUGAUUCCCACCGACCAUCACCAUCCGGUUAGACUUGCCUGUAAACAUACCGUCACCGUGUAAACAUUGUAGUCCGAAUAGUUUUUUGGGGCUUCUGUGACAAGCGGAGGUGCCAAUACGGCACUAUAGAGCAUCAGGGCUUGACUAGCCAAACUGCUCAAGGUUAUUGGGUUCUAAUGUGGUCCUUUUACAUUCUGUUGUAUUGUACUCCCUCCGUUUCAUAAUUCUUGUUGAAAUAUUACAUGUAUCUAGACGUUUUUUUAAAUA